UUCCCAUAUUCUCCAUCGGAGAAGAAGAAGAGGAAGAGGAGGAGGAGGAGGAGGAGCAGACAACCAACCAGAGAGAGAGAAAUCAAAAUGGGAAACAGUCUAAGGUGUUGUUUGGCUUGCGUCCUUCCCUGUGGAGCCCUAGACUUGAUCCGGAUAGUCCAUUUGAACGGCUACGUCGAAGAAAUAACCCGUCCGGUCACCGCCGGCGAGAUCCUCUCCAACAACCCCAACCACGUCCUCACCAAGCCUUCCUCUCAGGGCGUCGUCCGCCGCAUCCUAAUCCUCUCGCCGGAAUCCGAGCUCAAGCGGGGAAGCAUCUACUUCCUCGUACCAGCUACGUCGUUGCCGGAGAAGAAGAAAUCUCACACCAAUCCCAAAAAUCCCUCCAAGAAGAGCAAGAAGUCCAGCGUUGACUACGCUCGCUACCUCUCCGAAAUCACGCCGGAGAAGAAGUCGUCCCGACGGGGGGAUCACCGCAGCUGCCGCGUCGCCGAAUGGCGGCCCCAUCUCGAGAGCAUCUCCGAAGACUAAUAGCCUUUCUUAAUUUUUUUUCUGGUCUCCGGAAACUCAGUCGGUUUGAAACCUUUCUUUUUCAAGAGGUUAUUGGUUUUGUGGAUAAAUUUGUGAUUUUUUUUUUCCUCUUGCUUGGGUCCAGCAGCUGCAUGCAUAUUAUAUAUAAUUGCAGCCUGGGAUUUCAAUUCUACCUUUCUUAAGUUAAUCAUCUGUUUGCCCCAAGAAAAACCACAAGAUCAGAAACAGAGAUGAUUGUACCCCCAAUGAUUUCUAUUUCUACACCAUCCCCAAGUUGUAAGUAAAAGAAACGUAGAUUUUUCCUCCCUCUGAUCUAUU